CACUAUGAAAUUCACUGUGCUGUUGAUUCUGUGCUUUUGCCUAUUAAGCUUGGCCUACGGCAAUGUUAUAGUCGCCACCAAGGCACCAUUUGUGCGCAGUCGUUAUAGUCUUCGAUGGCGUAAAACAACAACAGCCAUCCCACAGAGCACAACAGGUCGUGUCAUGGAGCUGGAAGCCUCAACACAAGCUCAUCCCAAGCUUGGCACCUCAACGGCCAGUCCAGACUACGAUUAUUAUGGCAACGGUGAAUCUGACAACAUGCUGCAUAAAUAAAUAACUUUGUGAUUGCUGUCACAAUAUCCAAAUACUAUACAUUUUCAAAUAUGUAAAUUACAUAAAUAUUCAAUUAAAUAUACAAAAUUCAUUCAGUCAAAUUUAAA